AAGUGGCUGGGCUUUGUUUGUCUGGACUCUUACGCGCAAUAAGUCUAAAGGUUUUCGUGUUUCCUCCACUUGAGGGAUUAUUAAGGCGGUCGAUGCCGACCUGGCGCGUCACACAGCGCCACUUAGCGCCGGCCUGACACCCAGUGGAGCCCCUGUGUUGCGCUACAGCUCCGGACACUCAGUCUCCAGUGGAUAACCAGCUCCCCCCACUCUCUUUUCCUCUUCCUCUCUCUGUCAGUGCGUACCCGCCGUGCGUUUUGCCUGCGUCAAAGCAGCACCGUGCGUAAUGGGAGAGUCGUGCGUAACUGGAGACAGAUUUCACUCCAUUUUGCGCCAGGAUUCUGGGGACCACUGGUGGUGUAACGCUCACUUGCAACGACACUGACCACUGAAACUCGACAUAUUUCUUCUCUGAAACACCUCACAGCUCGUCUUUUUCCCUCCCUCUCCUCUCUCUACGCCAGCUGUACGUCAGAGCUGACAUGACGACCGAGACCCCUCAGCAGCAGCUGGACCCUCCGCCUCCUCUGAGAUCCAGCCCGGCGUCCGGCGUACUGCACCCCGCCAUGCUAAGCCCACAAGCCGCUACAGAAAGUUCGCCCACAGCCGUCAAAGGAAAGAAGACGAGCUCCGGAUUAAGGCGACCGGAAAAGCCACCGUACUCCUACAUCGCUCUCAUAGUUAUGGCCAUCCAGAGCUCGCCCACCAAACGCCUGACACUCAGUGAGAUCUACCAGUUCCUUCAGGCUCGCUUCCCUUUCUUCAGAGGUUCCUAUCAGGGCUGGAAGAAUUCAGUCCGGCAUAAUCUUUCGCUCAACGAGUGCUUCAUCAAGCUGCCCAAAGGACUGGGAAGGCCAGGGAAAGGCCAUUACUGGACCAUCGAUCCGGGCAGUGAAUUCAUGUUCGAGGAGGGCUCGUUUCGUCGCAGACCUAGAGGCUUCAGAAGAAAAUGUCAAGCUCUGAAGCCCAUGUAUCGGAUGAUGAAUGGUAUAGGCUUCGGCGCCUCCAUCCUCCCGCAGAGCUUUGACUUCCAAUCUCCAUCCGCCACCCUCGCCUGCCAUAGCAGCAGCUAUAACUUGGACAUGAUGAGUAAUUCAAUGGCUGGUGGGUAUGACGGCUUGAGCGGCGGCCACCACGUACCACAUAUGUCCCCGAGCCCUGGCUCCACAUAUAUGGCGAGUUGCCCCGUGCCUCCCAACGGGGAGUACGGGCCGGACAGCAGUAGCAGUCCCGUACCUUCCUCUCCGGCCAUGGCCAGCGCGCUGGACGGCCACUCCCCAUACGCCAGUACAUCCGCACACUGGGCGUCCUCCGGCGGGUCCCACUACAUCAAACAGCAGCCUCUAGCCUCCAGUAGUACAGCAUCCUCUGGUUUACAUUCCGGCAUGUCGCCUUAUUCCCUGGAGCAGAGUUAUCUCCACCAGAACGGCAGGGACAGCCACUCCACUGACAUAUCAGUGGGUAUUCCACGCUAUCAGAGCCAUUCCUCGGUGUGUGACAGGAAGGAUUUUGUGUUGAACUUUAACGGCAUCUCCUCCUUCCACCCUUCGGCUGGAGGAUCCUACUAUCAUCACCACCACCAUCAUCCCCAGAGUGUCUGUCAGGACAUCAAACCGUGCGUGAUGUGAGCUCUCGUGUCUCAGCGGACUUCAAACAAGACAAACACCGACGGUCACCGUGAAACUGCAGGUCCGUCACAUCUGAGCAAACAAGCGGACAGUUUUUUUCCUCUUAUAUUUUGUAUUUUUGAAGGAUUCAUACCAGGAUGCAUGGUGGUGUCCUCUUUCACGUUUGCAUCUUAUAGGCAGCCAGAAACAGCCUUUUUUUUCUUUUUACUUUUUUAACAGGACUUGAGAAAGCUGCAUUGAAGGAAAUGAAUGAAGAAACCCCAGAGGCCUUUAGCAAAAACCACUUUGCCUUUACGAACCUUGACAAGCUUUCUUCUUUAAAAGAAGUUUGAUAAACACGACAUUUUAAUGUUUGCUCUUGUAACACGUGCAAACAAUUUAUAUUCCAUGUAACUAUGUUUGUAUGAUAUUAGUAAUACACACACAACGCUUUAGGCUUACUGAACUGCAACAAACCUUGCACUUAUUGUAUAACUCUUUUUUUUUCUCUCUGUAAAAGAUCAAUAAAGCUGAUAUAUAUUUUAGGCUA